AUGAUUGGAUUGGACUGUUCUACAGCAGACAACUGUGAUCAAGACUUUGUCAAAGAGGUUUUGAAAAAAGAUUGGCUUAAAGUCCAGAACCAAGUUAAGAGUUUACAAAAGAAUCUAGCCGAUGUGCUCUUUAAUUCAAGUGAUCCACGACCUCAUGAUACUUGCCCAAGUAGUCAACCAUGUUCUGGUCAAGGAUUCUGUAAGGCAACUUAUCGAGUCUGGUCUGAUGGCAGACCCUUAGAAUUUCAUAGUAGAUGUGCCAAUUCCACAGAACAACCAGAACUUGACUGGGCUCAUGUAGUUUCUCAAGAUCCGAUAUUUGAUGAGAUGGCUUAUACUUGCAACCAACGUUUAUGUGCUUCACAAUCAAAUGCAGAAGCUAUCGUUGAACUAAUUCAACGUAACUAUGUCAUACCGAUAAAUAUCACGGUUCCAACAACAACAACAAAAUCAUCGACAACAACAACAACAACGCCAAAACCAACAUACACUCCGUCAACGUCAGCGUCAACGUCAAUUGCAACUUCAACAAAGAGCGCAGCUAGAUUAACCAUGAAUUUUGUACCUCCGGAUGCUAAACGAAUUGCUGAAGCUCUUGGUGAUAUUAAACAGCUCUAG